CAGUUUGUCUGUAGUGCAAGUGUGGCCAUCUCUGGUCUUGGAGCGCCCCAGUGUGGCCAUCUCUGGUCUUGGAGCGCCUCAGUGUGGCCAUCUCUGGUCUUGGAGCGCCCCAGUGUGGCCAUCUCUGGUCUUGGAGCGCUCCAGUGUGGCCAACUCUGGUCUUGGAGCGCCCCAGUGUGGCCAUCUCUGGUCUUGGAGCGCCCCAGUGUGGCCAUCUCUGGUCUUGGAGCGCCCCAGUGUGGCCAUCUCUGGUCUUGGAGCGCCCCAGUGUGGCCAUCUCUGGUCUUGGAGCGCCCCAGUGUGGCCAUCUCUGGUCUUGGAGCGCCCCAGUGUGGCCAUCUCCGGUCUUGGAGCGCCACAGUGUGGCCAACUCCGGUCUUGGAGCGCUCCAGUGUGGACAUCUCUGGUCUUGGAGGCCCCAGUGUGGCCAACUCCGGUCUUGGAGCUCCCCAGUGUGGACAACUCUGGUCUUGGAGCGCCCCAGUGUGUUCAAACUUUGGUCCUAACCCAGCUUUAACACACACUACUCAUGCUGGGCUGGAACAAGUACCUAGUACGACACACUGUUGCAGGAUCAUCAUUGAAACAUUAGGAGGUGUCACAUUUAGAUGCACAAUACUACACACCUCUGACUCACUUCACUUUAGUAGUUGUAUGAGUUGAUCCGCCCAUUAAACACCACACACUCUUCAGACACAACUAUUUACAAUCUGUCUCUCAGGAGAAGACCACUCACUAUAAGGAUCCAGACAAGCAACAGUUAUCCAUAAAGCUGUAGUCAGAGAGACUGUGGAUGAUGGGUUGUCUCAUGGUCACCGGGGUGCUCCUUGUGACUCUACUGUUCCAUCCUCCAGCUGCUCAAGUAAGUACUAUAUGUUUAGAGUUCAUCUAUGUUUAGUAAGUUUACCAUCUAUGUUUAGUAAGUUUACCAUCUAUGUUAGUAGUUUACCAUCAAUGUUUAGUAAGUUUACCAUCUAUGUUUUAGUAAGUUUACCAUCAAGUGUUUGUAAGUUACCAUCUAUGUUUAGUAAGUUUACCAUCUAUGUUUAGUAAGUUUACCAUCUAUGUUUAGUAAGUUUACCAUCUAUGUUUAGUACGUUUACCAUCUAGUUUAGUAAGUUUACCAAUCUAUGUUUUAGUAAGUUUACCAUCUAUGUUUAGUAAGUUACCAUCAAUGUUAGUAAGUUUACCAUCUAAUGUUUAGUAAGUUUACCAUCUAUGUUUAGUAAGUUACCAUCUAUGUUUAGUAAGUUUACCAUCUAUGUUAGUAAGUUUUACCAUCUUAGUUUAGUAAGUUUACCAUCUAUGUUAGUAAGUGUUACCAUCUAUGUUUAGUAAGUUACCAUCUAUGUUUAGUAAGUUUACAUCAAUGUUUAGUAAGUUUACCAUCAUGUUUAGUAAGUUUACCCAUCUAUGUUUAGUAAGUUUACAAUCUAUUUUAGUAAGUCUUACCAUCUAGGUGUUUAGUAAAGUUUUACCAUCAAUGUUUAGGUAAGUUUACCAUCUAUGUUUAGGUAAGUUUACCAUCUAUGUUUAGUAAGUUUACCAUCUAUGUUUAGUAAGUUUACCAUCUAUGUUUAGUAAGUUUACCAUCAAUGUUUAGUAAGUUUACCAUCAUAUGUUUAGUAAGUUUACCAUCUAUGUUUUAGUAAGUUUACCAUCUAUGUUUAGUAAGUUUACCAUCAAUGUUUAGUAAGUUUACCAUCUAUGUUUAGUAAGUUUACCAUCAAUGUUUAGUAAGUUUACCAUCAAUGUUUUAGUAAGUUUACCAUCAAUGUUUAGUAAGUUUACCAUCUAUGUUUAGUAAGUUUACCAUCUAUGUUUAGUAAGUUUACCAUCUAUGUUUAGUAAGUUUACCAUCUAUGUUAGUAAGUUUACCAUCAAUGUUUAGUAAGUUUACCAUCUAUGUUUAGUAAGUUUACCAUCUAUGUUUAGUAAGUUUACCAUCUAUGUUUAGUAAGUUUACCAUCUAUGUUUAGUAAGUUUACCAUCUAUGUUUAGUAAGUUUACCAUCAAUGUUUAGUAAGUUUACCAUCUAUGUCUAUGUUUAGUAAGUUUACUAUCUAUGUUUAGUAAGUUUACCAUCUAUGUUAGUAAGUUUACCAUCUAUGUUUAGUAAGUUUACCAUCUAUGUUUAGUAAGUUUACCAUCUAUGUUUAGUAAGUUUACCAUCAAUGUUUAGUAAGUUUACCAUCUAUGUUUAGUAAGUUUACCAUCUACAGUAUGUUUAUACAAAUAUGUCAGCUGUAUCGGAGAUGAGCAAAUGUUACAAUUCAGUGGAUCAAAAAAGUUGACAUACUGCUUUGUUUUUUGAAUGUGUUGUUGAUACCAUCUUUAUUAGUUACAUUUCUAAUGAUGUUAUAUGAUAUUAUAGUGUGUCGUUGAAUUUUGCAAUAAUACUUCGCAUUUUCCGUAAUACUGACUGUUGAUUUCAAUUAGAUCUGUUGACUUUGUUGACAUCACAUGCGUUAAAUAUAUUCUCUCAAUUAUCAGUAUAUGAAUAUGUUGUGUAUAUUUGUUGUUAUUGGUAUAUUUCUUCCUGUCAUACUGUAAUUACCACAGUGGAGAGCCCAGAUACAGAUAGUGCAGAUCUGGAGGCCGUGAGGUUCGGAGAGUUUUGCCUGAAAAUCUCUGAUGAUUCCCACUGGACAACCCCUGAACCAGAGCCCAGGCAAACAGUUGCCAACAAGGAGGCAGCUGAGAGCACACAACUGCCAAUGUCUUCACCAUCGGAUGACAAGGAAGGUGCGUCACUCUAGCUUUGAGAAUUAUAACAAGAUAUCUUCAUCCAUAGAGCACAAGACCUCAUACCACUAGUAUAGAUUAGAGGUUACACACAUUCAACCCAUCGCAUCCUACUUUAAUAACAGCUUUUAGUCAUGUAUUUUGCAAACUCAACUCUUCCCUCUCAAUUGCCUGUCAGUUCCCCAUCACUUGAAGCUGAGGUCAUGGGUACGCUAUUUUAGACUAUAGGUUCAUGUAAAUCAGAUCAACAUGCUGAAUUGUGAUAGAGUUGUGAGUCAACAAUAACACGUCAUAUGUAGUCGCAUCACAAAUAGAGGUUUAUCAAUGACCGAUUGACUUUGUCAAGGCUUCUCACCAAACAGUGGUGAACUGGGGCCGGUAGAGAGGGAAGGGUGUCUCUGCAAGACAAGGGUCACUCCCUAGCUUUAAGACAUCACAAGUCAUCUUCAUCCAUACAUCACAAUAUAAUACAGAUUAGAGAACAGAAUAAGUCCAUCACAUCCUGCUUUAAUAUCUUUUAUCAGAUAUAAACUCCACUCUUCAACCGGCUGUCAAUUCUUCAUCAGUCGUGGCAAACAUCAUGGGUAAGCUACAUAUUUCAGCCUAUAGACCUAUGUCAGUCAGUUCAACAAGCUGAAUGUAUACAGUCUUAGAAAAAAGGGUUCCAAAAGGGUUCUUCGGCUGGCCCCAUAGGAGAACCCUUUUGGGUUCCAUAUAGAACCCUCUGUGGAAAGGGUUCUAUAUGGAACCCAAAAGAGUUCUACCUGGAACCAAAAAAGGUUAUUCAAAGUGUUCUCCUAUGGGGACAGCCAAAGAAACCUUUUAGAUUCUAGAAUGCACCUUUUCUUUUAAGAGUGUAGUUGUGAUACUGUAGUUGCAUCACAAAUAACGGUUUAUCAAUGACCGAUUGGCUUUGUUACUGUUAAGGCAUCCCACCAGGCCCUGGACAACUGGGGCCGGUGGAGAGGGAAGGAUGUCUCUGCAAGACGUGGCAGGAACGCGCAACCCACCGGUCUCUUGUCAGGAGCAUAGAGUACAGGUUCCCUGCACCAGAAGUGUGUAACUCCACAGAAAUCAUGUGAGUUUGUGUGUGUGUGUGUGUGUGUGUGUGUGUGUGUGUGUGUGUGUGUGUGUGUGUGUGUGUGUGUGUGAACCGUGUAUGACAUUGUGUUAAUGGUCAAAGGCCAGUUGAAGGGUCAGUAUCUAUCAGUCAUUAACCAUUGCUGAUAUUUUCUCCUAGUGAGACACUGGUAGAUGGCAGGAAGGUGUGUGUGAAUACCUCUCUCACAAGCUUCAUUGCACCACUCUAUGGGUGAGUCUGUGGGUAAGAUAUAAUACGAUAUGAGGUCUUAGUUAAAUUUGUAGGUUCUCCAUUGAUGCUUGUUUGUGUGAUGUUUUCUUAAUCUAAUAAAAUCCCCUAACUGUCAUAUCUCAGAUCAGAGGGGACUUUCUUACUCGUUUCCUGUUUUUGCAUGUUGUGUUAAAGAUAAGGUGUACACACUUUAUCUGACGUCCUAUUCCUCUGUGUCCUUGUGGUUAUUUUAACUGAGCAUGUAACAAACCGUAAUAUUUCGAUAUUUUCCCCAUUCCCCAGGCUUUCAACUGACCCAGACUGGGAAGGGACCACAACCCCCAGCCCAAACACCUCUGCAGUGUCCUCGUCCCCAACCACACAGACAGAGGAACCAAUGAGCAUGACACCACCAAGGGAAUCAAGCGAGGAAGUAUUCGACCAUCUUCUUGAAACUGGUGAAAUAGAACAAGGACCCCCAGCACCCCCAGGACCCCCAGCACCCCCAGGACCCCCAGCACCCCCAGCACCCCCAGGACCCCCAGCACCCCCAGCACCCCCAGGAGACCUAGGACCCCCAGGGCCCCCAGGCUCACUAGGACCCAAAGGAGCCUCUGGAGUACUAGAGUAACUCACUACAGUUGUUAUUCUCAGUUUACUGUGGUCAAUCAGUAUGUUUGUCUGUCUUACUGUGGUGGGUUGUGGGUAGUAUUAUAGCUAUUUUACCUCCAGCCAUUUUGAACCUUCACUAUUAAUAACAUGGACUAAACUAAAUGUCUAAAUGUUUAUCCUUGUUUUCAUACCGGAAGAAGUAAUUACAGUAAAAACAUAUAUUUAAUGUCAAGCUAAACGUGUGUACAAUUCGUCGGGGCAUGGAUUCUACAAGGUGUCGAAAGCGUUCCACAGGGAUGCUGGGCCAUGUUGACUCCAAUGCUUCCCAUAGUUUUUUUCAAGUUGGCUGGAUGUCCUUUGAUUGGUGGACCAAUAUUGAUACACAUGAGAAACUGUUGAGCAUGAAAAACCCAGCAGCAUUGCAGUUCUUGACACAAACCGGUGUGCCUGGCACCUACUACCAUACCCCGUUCAAAGGCACUUAAAUAUUUUGUCAUACCCAUUCACCCUCUGAAUAGCACACAUACACAAUCCAUGUCUCAAUUGUCUCAAGGCUUAAAAAUCAUUCUUUAACCUGUCUCCUCCCCUUCAUCUACACUGAUUGAAGUGGUUUUAACAACUGACAUCAACAAGGGAUCAUAGCUUUCACCUGGAUUCACCUGGUCAGUCUAUGUCAUGGAAAGAGCAGCUGUUCUUAAUGUGUUGUAAACUCAGUGUAUAUCAGUAGUGAAUUUGAUCAAGUGUCUUUCUGUUUCUGUCUCAUGCAGGCUUGGUCUGCUGCACUGCAAGUGCCACCAGGUGGAAUCCAGACGCAUAGGAAAGCUCAUCUCGAAAGUAGAGUUGCACCCACCCUCUCCAAGCUGCAACGUUUUCGAGGCUAUGUAAGCUUCACUGCUGUACUUUAUUACUGUAUUAUUGGACAUCACAUUACUGUAUUAUUGGACAUCACAUUACUGUAUUAUUGGACAUCACAUUACUGUAUUAUUGGACAUCACAUUACUGUAUUAUUGGACAUAAUUUACUCACCACUCUUUGUUUCACAGCACUUUUUUACAGUUUUGCUUUACAACCACACCCACAGAGAGAGAGAGAGAGAGAGCGAGAGAGAGAGAGAGCGAGAGAGAGAGAGAGAGAGAGAGAGAGAGAGAGCGAGAGAGAGAGAGAGAGAGAGAGAGAGAGAGAGAGAGAGAUAGAGAAACGUACAUUUUCUUCUGACGGUAAAAUAUCCACUUCCUGUUGUGAAUGUUUGAGUUACCAUAGCUGUUUCUUAUUACUAUCCCCUGUUGUCCUAUGCACAGCGCAACUCUGAAGAGGUCAGAUCAAAAUAUUUGCUUGGACAUCACUGCACCCUGGGUCCGCAGAUUCCUGGAGAAAAUCCAGUUACAGUCAGACUCCCCUCCUGGGAGUUAAACUAAUUUCAUCCUCCUGAAUGAUGCUAGGCUGAAAAAAAGUUCUACUUCAUGAAAGCUCAGCACGGUAUUGCUUUGACCUAACAGUUGUUAGUAAGUAGAUGUUGCUGAUUAUCAAAGUGCUAAAUGUGUCAGCAGUUUGACACUUCUUAUUUGAUAAAGAUGUUUAAUCAGUCAUUACUAAUUCUUUCCACCCUGGCCUGUACUUGAUUUGACAGGAAAUUGAAAUGUUUUUUUGGCAUCUGAUUUCUGUUAUCUGGGCAACUAAACCACUGAGAGAAAGGAAAAUUGCAAAUGUAAUUUGAAUUUCACAUUUUAACAACAGCUUAAACUCAUUGCAAAUAAACUGCUCUCCAAUCUUGAGUAUGAUAAUUUCCUUCAUGAUAACUGUUAUUAUAUAAUCAGGAUGUUGUAAAU